GGCGCGAGCUUUGGCCGCCGCUGCCAGUGCCGUCGGGGAAGGUCCCAGCGCGGACAUGGCCUUGCGCGGCGCCCGCUCGGGCCCGAGUCCCCCACGCCGCGCGCAGUAGCCCCGCGAAGAGGCGGCCUCGACGGUGCAGACUGUCGGGCGGGAGGCAUGGAGGCGGCGCACCUGCUCCCCGCCGCCGACGUGCUGCGCCACUUCUCUGUGACCGCCGAGGGCGGCCUGAGCCCGGCGCAGGUGACCAGCGCGCGGGAGCGCUACGGCCCCAACGAGCUCCCAACCGAGGAAGGGAAGUCCCUGUGGGAGCUGGUGCUAGAGCAGUUCGAAGACCUCCUGGUACGCAUCCUGCUGCUGGCUGCCGUGGUCUCCUUUGUCCUGGCCUGGUUUGAGGAGGGCGAGGAGACCACGACAGCCUUUGUGGAGCCGCUGGUCAUCAUGCUGAUCCUCGUGGCCAAUGCAAUCGUCGGCGUGUGGCAGGAACGCAAUGCUGAGAGUGCCAUCGAGGCCUUAAAGGAGUAUGAGCCUGAGAUGGGCAAGGUGAUCCGCUCGGACCGAACGGGCGUGCAGAGGAUCCGCGCCCGCGACAUCGUCCCCGGAGACAUCGUGGAAGUGGCUGUGGGAGACAAAGUGCCUGCUGACCUGCGUCUCAUCGAGAUCAAAUCCACCACGCUGAGGGUAGACCAGUCCAUCCUGACGGGUGAAUCCGUGUCUAUAACCAAGCACACAGAUGCCAUCCCGGAUCCCAGAGCUGUGAACCAGGACAAGAAGAACAUGUUAUUUUCCGGCACCAACAUCGCAUCAGGCAAGGCACUGGGGGUGGCCGUGGCCACAGGCCUGCAGACAGAGCUGGGUAAGAUCCGGAGCCAGAUGGUGGCUGUGGAGCCAGAGCGGACGCCGCUGCAGCAGAAGCUGGACGAGUUUGGGCGACAGCUGUCCCGUGCCAUCUCCGUGACCUGCGUGGCUGUGUGGGUCAUCAACAUUGGCCACUUUGCCGACCCAGCCCACGGCGGCUCCUGGCUCCGCGGCGCCGUGUACUACUUCAAGAUUGCUGUAGCCCUGGCUGUGGCUGCUAUCCCCGAGGGCCUCCCGGCUGUCAUCACUACAUGCCUGGCUCUGGGCACACGGCGCAUGGCACGCAAGAAUGCCAUUGUGCGGAGUCUGCCCUCUGUGGAGACCCUGGGCUGCACCUCGGUCAUUUGCUCCGACAAGACGGGCACGCUCACCACCAAUCAGAUGUCUGUCUGCCGGAUGUUCAUUGUAGCUGAGGUGGAAGCAGGUGCCUGCCGUUUGCACGAGUUCACCAUCUCCGGCACCACAUACGCUCCGGAGGGCAAAGUGCGGCAGGGAGAGCAGCUGGUGCGUUGUGGGCAGUUCGAUGGGCUGGUGGAGUUGGCCACGAUCUGUGCUCUGUGCAACGACUCAGCGCUGGACUACAACGAGGCCAAGGGCGUAUAUGAGAAGGUGGGAGAGGCCACAGAGACAGCCCUGACUUGCCUGGUAGAGAAGAUGGAUGUGUUUGACACCGACCUACAGGCCCUGUCCCGGGUGGAGCGAGCCGGUGCCUGCAAUGCGGUCAUCAAGCAGCUGAUGCGGAAGGAGUUCACCCUGGAGUUCUCUCGAGACCGGAAGUCCAUGUCAGUGUACUGCACGCCCACCCGCACUGGCCCGGGGGCCCAGGGCAGCAAGAUGUUUGUGAAGGGGGCUCCUGAGAGUGUGAUUGAGCGCUGUAGCUCAGUCCGUGUGGGGAACCGCACAGUACCCCUGAACGCCACCGCCAGGGAGCAGAUUCUGGCCAAGAUCCGGGAUUGGGGCUCAGGCUUGGAUACUCUGCGCUGCCUGGCACUGGCUACCCGGGACGCGCCCCCGAGGAAGGAAGACAUGCAGCUGGAUGACUGCAGCAAGUUUGUGCAGUAUGAGACGGACCUGACUUUCGUGGGCUGCGUGGGCAUGUUGGACCCUCCGAGGCCCGAGGUGGCCGCUUGCAUUGCACGCUGCCGCCAGGCGGGCAUCCGUGUGGUCAUGAUCACAGGGGACAACAAAGGCACGGCUGUGGCGAUUUGCCGUCGGCUGGGCAUCUUCAAGGACACAGAGGACGUGACGGGCAAGGCCUACACGGGCCGUGAAUUCGACGACCUCAGCCCCGAGCAGCAGCGCCACGCCUGCCGCACAGCCCGCUGCUUCGCCCGGGUGGAACCUGCACACAAGUCCCGAAUUGUGGAGUACCUACAAUCCUUCAACGAGGUCACUGCCAUGACUGGAGACGGGGUGAAUGAUGCCCCGGCCCUGAAGAAAGCAGAGAUCGGCAUCGCCAUGGGCUCCGGCACAGCCGUGGCAAAGUCAGCGGCAGAGAUGGUACUGUCAGAUGACAACUUUGCCUCCAUUGUGGCUGCGGUGGAGGAGGGCCGGGCCAUCUACAGCAACAUGAAGCAAUUCAUCCGCUACCUCAUCUCCUCCAACGUCGGCGAAGUUGUCUGCAUCUUCCUCACGGCCAUUCUGGGCCUGCCAGAAGCCCUGAUCCCUGUGCAGCUGCUCUGGGUGAACCUGGUGACAGAUGGCCUACCUGCCACGGCCCUGGGCUUCAACCCCCCAGACCUGGACAUCAUGGAGAAGCUGCCUCGGAACCCACGCGAGGCCCUCAUCAGUGGUUGGCUCUUUUUCCGAUAUCUGGCUAUUGGAGUGUACGUCGGCCUGGCCACAGUGGCUGCCGCCACCUGGUGGUUCCUGUAUGAUGCCGAGGGACCUCACAUCACCUUCUACCAGCUGAGGAACUUCCUGAAGUGCUCCGAGGACAACCCACUCUUUGCCGACAUUGAUUGUGAGGUUUUCGAGUCACACUUCCCCACGACCAUGGCCUUGUCUGUGCUGGUGACCAUUGAAAUGUGCAACGCCCUCAACAGCGUCUCGGAGAACCAGUCCCUGCUACGGAUGCCGCCCUGGCUGAAUCCCUGGCUGCUGGCGGCUGUGGCCAUGUCCAUGGCUCUGCACUUCCUCAUCCUGCUGGUGCCACCGCUGCCUCUCAUUUUCCAGGUCACCCCACUGAGCGGGUACCAGUGGGUGGUGGUGCUCCAGAUAUCUCUGCCUGUCAUCCUGCUCGAUGAGGCCCUCAAAUACCUGUCCCGGAACCACGUAGAGGCCUGUCUUUAUCCGGGCGUUCUCAGUACGGUCUCCCAGGCAUGGAGUGGGCAGCUGCUGACCCCAGACCAUACCGGAAGAAAAGGACCGCAAGUGAGUGCUGGGAGCAGAAUGGAAUCUCCAGUGUGUACCUCAGAUGGAUGGUGCCCAAGCAUUUGCCCCACUCCUCACCCUGCUGUCACGCUCACCUGCUUGCUCACUGGGCCCUACGGUGGUUGGAAUGGCCACCCUCAGGCCUGGUCCCGAGUUCUCUGUCCCCACUUCUACCUGCCUAGGGACUCUGUACUUCAUGUCUCUGGGACUCUCGUGGGAAAUUCGCCUCUGAAGCUCUGGUCUGGGAGGGGCCUGCCCAGAAGCCAGAGUUGGAGGCUGAUCUAGAGAUGCAGAGCCUGAUAUCCCCAAACCCAUGAGCACAUUCUGGAGUCUGUUCCGCUUAACUGGAGUCUGGGUAUUUACUUGGCAGCCAGCGCCUCUGUGUGGACGGAGGUCUCCUGGAGACCGCUCUCGCCAGCUCUGACCUCUCGCUUAGAGCCUGGUCUGGAGCCUGGUCAGCUGGGGGUGGAAGGGGGGACAUCUGGGCCCAGCUGUGCACAGCAAGGGCGGGCAGUCCCCCUUCUCCCCCCUCCCCGCUCUGCUUCCACAAAGUUGGCUCAUGAGGGCUUGAGCCUCUUUCUGUUUAUAUGUGCAGGGAGUUGGAAGGGUCAGGGAGAGGGACACGGGAGUGGGGGAAAGGGCCGGGCAAGGACCCCUUUUCCCUGGAGACAGACAGCCCGCCUGCCUGCCUCUGCUGGGCCUAUUCCUAGACUCAGUUUCUGUCCUAAGCAAACGACACAUAAGCCAUCUCCGUGCUGUCAGGCAGGGCCAGAUUUGCCCUCUGUGCCUGGUGCCUGAAACCCUAGAUAUCCUUGGGUUCUUACCACCCCAAACCCGUGUUCAACCAUCCUGAGGUCUACCUGGCUGGGUCAUUCUGAGUCCCUGGACUCUUUGGCCUUACUCUGCCCCCAAGCCCAUACACCCAUGAGCUGAGAGGAUGUCACCCAGGAUGGCUAAGUACACAAGGGCAUUUCCUCUCUCUCUGUCCUUGCUGGAGGAACGCGUGUCCAUUUGGGUCACGUAAGAUGAUAGGAAAAGAGUGUUCGGUGGACAGAAAUGUUCUCUUAACUCAGCUUUUGCCCCUUUGGCAAAAAUUAGUUGUAGAAGAAAGCAGUGAGUAAAUGACUGUGUCUUCGCCCUUC